AUGGAAGGUGACAAAUUUACACUAACGGCGCAAUUAAAUGCUGCUACCAUCCAACGUUUUGAGAAAUUACUCUAUUCAGAUGGAUUUCCACGCUGUGCUAUUCGAUUAAUGAGUAAAUUAAAAGACUAUGUUCAAGAUCAUGCAUCAACCGUCCAACAAUUUGUUAAAAUACAGCAAUUUAAAAAUAACCAAACGAUUGAAUCCUUGAUCGAAAAAUUUAUCUUUCAGCCUUGCUGUAAAAAGAAGUUUGUAAACGUCAAUCAUUGGUUCGAAACGACUGCGAUGCAACAAUUGCAAUUAUUUGAAAUCUUAUUGACACAGUUUAAUGAUAUUCAGUCAUCGCAUAUUUCUUAUUGCAUACUGGAUGCGCUAUUUGGCAUUUCUAGUAGUUGCAAUGAGGUAGAAGAAGUCAAGAUGUCAGUCCUUAGUAGAAUGGUAUCAAUGUGCAUUGCUUUAAAUUGUGUACCUGUACUGAAUGGAGCUGCACUUUGGCUAGAGAAAUGUAAUACAUCGGAUCGGCAAGCUUCUUUAAAUAUUGCGGAAAUGCUAUUAGCAGAUUAUUGUCUCCUUGUACCUGAUUUACAACAGACAUUACUUGAUUUAUGCAACUGUUCGCCUACUUUCGUAGCUCAAUUGAUUACUGCCUUUACACUCUUGUUUGAUAUUAAACCAGGUAACUCUGGCUCAUUAGAUAAUAAUAAUUAUCCACGGCUACCACCGAUUUCAUUAAUGCGAAUUGUAGCAGAAUGGACUGUUUCCAAUCCUCAUAGUUUCACUGUUGCAAAAACAACUGAAAACUUACCGCAUUUUUAUUCAUCAAAAACUGAAAACGAUAAAAUGGACUGUAGCGAAAUCCAUUCAACAAUUUAUGGCUUAGCCAGAUGGAGUACAUUAGUGCCUCUCUUGUAUAUAUGCCGUAAUGAGCCAGCUAAUGUUAAAACGAUAGAAGAAGUUCAUAUUUCAUGUUCAAAGCUUCAAUGUGGAAUACUUCAAGCAUUGUCAGAGUGCAGUAAUCACAAAGAAGCAGAAAUACCUAAUAAGAAUUCUCCGCCUACUCUAACAAUCUCAUUGAAUAUGAUGCAAGAGAUUGCUGUGGAUUUACAAAAAUGUAUUCAACAAAUAACAACAUCAUCGUCUAGCCAAAAUCCAGACACAGAUAAACUAGUUGAAUGGUCACUAAACAGACUGACACAAUUUGUGCAAGUUGCGUUCUCUGCUAAUCAGCUUAAAUUUUCAUUGGGUGCAUUUUUUCAAGAUGAAGUUCGCUCUACUAUUUCUUGCAAUCACUGCCCUAGUUUUGGCAGAAAGUACAUCCUUGAAAGCUGUAAGAACAGUGCAGUGCUACAAAUCAGUAUAAGAGAUUUACGCGGUAGCUUACCCAUGUCGAGCUUUAUCUUUGGAUUCGCUCGAGAUAACACCAAUAAAGUUGAUUUUGAGGAUGGUGUACCAGUACGAGUUCGCCUAAAUACAGUUCCCCAUGUUCGAUUCGAUGAAGGCAUGAAUGUACGCGAAGAAAUUCCAGGAGAAAAUGAUGUCAUGUUUUAA